CGGGUGACCCUGUACAAGAAUGACCCGCACGCCUAACAACAAUUCUCGAUAAAUGUUGUUAUUUGCGUUUGGGGUUCUUAUCGUUUCAGCAGCAUCCGCUGGUACACUUUCUGCAUUUUAUAAUAGUCAUUAACGGAUUAGUUCAGUUUCGUGAGUGGCCGCGUGUAAAUCGUAAAAAUGUAUCGGUUCAGUUCCUACGCUUUUGCAGCAGUACUUUCUAUUUACGUGGUUCCUGCCUUAAGUCAACAUUUGCAAAACAACACCUUUCACACCAACUCCACCUCUCACAGGACGGGAAUAUGUACCCUGGAAGUGCCUACGAUCGACAUAAUAGCACCACAGGAUAGACACGGUGUAGUUCCCAGGGGCAACGGGUCCAGGGAAGGCCUAAGCAAGAUAGAAAUUUGUUGUUCCGGAUACGAGAGAAUACCUCACAAUUAUUACGAAUGUCGUCCAGUUUGCGAAAACGGCUGUGAGAAUGGGAACUGUACAGCUCCGAAUGUGUGUACCUGCAAGAGAGGUCAUAUUAAGGGCGAAGAUCCAACCAAAUGUAUCCCCACCUGCCCCAUCGGUUGCCUAAACGGAGUGUGUUCCGUCAGAGGUUUUUGUGACUGCAACGCGGGAUACACUCACAGUGCUGACGGAAAAUAUUGUGUACCUGUUUGCACGGGAGGAUGUGGCAUUGGAGGGAAAUGCGUUGGACCUGAGACUUGCAGUUGUUCAGCCGGUUUUGCAGUGAAUAAAGACAGCCGCAAGUGUGAGUACCAUUGCGAGGGAGGAUGUGGUGGAGGCAGUUGCAUAGGACCCAAUAAGUGUUCUUGCAAGUCCGGUUACAAGCUUUUAGGAAACUCUUGUGCCCCUGACUGCCCUCAAGGUUGUUUAAAUGGAAUAUGUACCGCUCCAAACACUUGUACUUGCAAACCAGGGUGGAACCUAGAUAGUAAAACCGGCACCAGUUGCGUACCACAUUGUAGUUCGCCAUGCUUGAAUGGGGAUUGCACUGCUCCGGAGACAUGCACGUGCAAAAAGGGAUACAUUGAAGCUCCAGGAACCAAUGGACACAAAUGCGUAGCUUUUUGUCCAGAUGGUUGUUUGAAUGGUGUUUGUUCUGCGCCGAAUUUCUGCAUCUGCAAUGCGGGAUUUGUGAAAGAGCGCAAGGGUAGUAACACUUGCGUGAGGAGGUUGCGAAGAUCUCUGAUGCACUUCGAACUAAUCCCCCAAGAAGUUCUUAUGGGCCAUUAGAGGAGAAUGUUAUAGGCUAAUGUUCGUUUAAUAAAUAAAUGCAAUUUAUGCUUGAAAAA